GCUUGAUGGGAGCGAGCAGCCCCUCCCUGGAGUGUAGCAGAUUGUUCAGGGGUGGGCCUAGAGACGGGACGACCCAGGCUUGGUCUCGGCAGGCAGCCCGAGGGAGACUGUGUAGUCAGGGCGUGGCAGGCAACGAAAGCACUAGCGUUCCCUCGGCGGCGCUUCUUCCCCAUUGCACUCGUCGCAAGCAGCAAGAGGCGCCUUCGCGUGUCUCUGCCGGCCUCUUUCCAUUCGCCGACUCUGCUUUAAGUUUCGCUUCUCUUUCUCGCCUGAUCAGCCCUCGGAGCCAUGGCAAACUAUACCAAAGGUACCGUGAAGGACUUCUCUGGCUUUGAUGCCCGAGCUGAUGCUGAGGUCCUUCGCAAGGCAAUGAAAGGCCUGGGGACUAGUGAAGAGCCAAUCCUGAAGAUCCUAACAAGCAGAAGCAAUGCUCAGCGCCAGCAAAUUGCGGCUGAUUUUAAAACCUUAUUUGGCAGGGACCUGGUUGAUGACCUAAAAUCAGAACUUACAGGCAAAUUUGAGACUUUGAUGGUUGCUCUGAUGAGACCAGCACAGCUUUUUGAUGCCCAUGCACUGAAGCAUGCCAUUAAGGGUGCAGGAACUAAUGAAAAAGUCUUGACUGAAAUUCUUGCAUCCAGAACGCCUGCAGAACUUCGGAAUAUAAAGCAAGUGUAUCAGGAAGAAUAUGAGGCCAACUUAGAAGAUCAUAUAACAUCAGACACUGCUGGUUACUAUCAGAGGAUGUUGGUAGUUCUUCUUCAGGCUAAUAGAGACCCUGAUGGCCACGUUAAUGAGAAGCUAGUUGAGCAAGAUGCUCAGGAGCUGUUCAGAGCUGGUGAGCUGAAAUGGGGAACUGAUGAAGAAAAGUUUAUCACCAUCCUUGGAACUCGAAGUGUGUCUCACUUAAGGAAGGUCUUUGACAAAUACAUGACCAUCUCUGGCUAUCAGCUUGAAGAAACUAUUGACCGUGAAACCUCGGGCGAGCUGGAGAAGCUGCUUCUGGCCAUUGUGAAGUGCGUCCGAAGUGUUCCUGCAUAUUUUGCUGAAUCACUUUUUUAUGCAAUGAAAGGAGCAGGCACUGAUGAUGAUACCCUGAUUAGAAUCAUGGUUUCAAGGAGUGAGAUUGAUCUGCUGGAUAUCAGGAAAGCAUUCCGAAGGGAUUAUGCAAAAUCAUUGCAUCAUGCAAUUCAGAAAGAUACAUCUGGUGACUACAGGAAGGCCCUUUUACUGCUCUGUGGUGGUGAAGAUGACUAAUAUCCACAGUGACAUGAAGGACAGAAAAUCUCCUGCUUUAUGCCUCUCUUCCUUUGUAUGGCAAAGCUAUAUAUCUGCAUCUAGAGCUGCAGCAUUCUGUACAUUCACACUGGCAUCCUUACUGUUAAAACCAAUGUGCAUAUUGUUAGCAAAGCUAUAAUAAAUAUCCAGCUGAAAUUCAUAUCAGUCCCCCCUACAUAGGAUUGCCGCCACUUCAGAGAACUGCCUCCCCACACGCCCCAUUAGUGUCAUUUUUACAAAUGUAAUUUUACAUAAGCUAGAAUAAAGCUGUUCUUAAAAAUCAAGCCAGUUAGCUGGAGGUCUUUUUAUAUGUACGUCUUAACCCAAAGAAUUUAAUGAAAAGUGCCUCUUAUAAAUAUUCCUUUAAUCAAAAAGAAGAUAGGAAGUCAGAAAUCUAGUUCUUUUGUGCAGAAAUAGAAGUACAAUUUAUUUUAAUAACAAAGCAAAUUCUUAUUAACGUGAAUCAUAUUUUCUACUUCAUUUGUAGUGAUUUGGGGAGGGGAAGCUUCUGCUAAUGGCUUUAAAAUUGUGAACUGUGUAUGAACUGACUUCAUGUAUUGUAUGAACGUGGUGCUGUUUAAAACCAACAACCUGCUAAACUGUUAUGCGAGUUGUAAUUUGAAACCUAAAGGACCAAUAAAAUAUAACUACAAAUA